GGUCACUGGAAGUCAGCAAGCAGGAGCAACUGAUGAGAAGGAACAGAUGAACGUCUACUCAUAAUUUCCUUGCACAUAUUGUAUUUGCAAAGGCCAGAUGUGUAAAACAUUCCUGACUUGAAACCGAAAGCAAAGCAGCGUCCUCUCCCGCGAAUCCCGCAACCAAUCUCACAAAUCUCACAAAAAAGUCACAAUGUCUGUUCCCAAGUCAGAGUAUCUCAGCAAUGCAUGGGCAGAGGGCAUAUUUGCCAACCGCGUGUUGUUCAUCACGGGCGGUGCCGGGUCAAUUGGCAGAGCGCAGACCCGGGCGCUCGUACACCUCGGCGCCGACGCCUGCAUUAUUGGGCGCAACGUCGAGAAGACCGAGGCGGCUGCAAAGGAAAUUGCCAAAGUACGGAGCGGUGCCCGCGUGCUGGGCAUAGGCGGCGUCGAUGUCCGUAAUUUUGAGUCCCUUAAGGCGGCAGCAGACCGCUGUGUCAAGGAACUAGGCUCCAUCGACUACGUUGUCGCUGGCGCAGCAGGCAACUUUGUAGCCCCAAUCGCGGGACUCUCGCCCAACGCCUUCAAGGCCGUCAUCGAAAUCGACACCAUAGGCACCUUCAACACCCUCAAGGCCACCAUCCCGCACCUGAUCGCCUCGGCGUCCCGCAACCCGAACCCGAACCGCCAGGGGACGACGGGAGGGCGGUUCCUGUCCGUGUCGGCCACGUUCCACUACACGGGCAUGCCGCUGCAGGCGCACGUUUCGGCGGCCAAGGCGGCCAUCGACUCUCUGAUGGGCAGCGCAGCGCUCGAGUACGGGCCGUACGGCGUGACGGCCAACUGCGUGGCCCCGGGCGCCAUCGCGGGGACCGAGGGCAUGGAACGGCUGGCGAGCAGCCAGGUGAAGGGGGAGGACCGGGACAAGGCGGUGCCGAGCGGGCGGUGGGGCACAGUGCGCGACAUCGCCGACGCGACCGUUUUUGUUUUUAGCGACGCGGGCAACUACAUCAACGGGACGACCAUCGUUGUUGACGGCGCCGGCUGGAGGCGGCAGGGCGGGCUUGGGGUUGGGCUGGACCCUGGCAUGACAUAUCCGGACUUUCUUAUUUCUGGGGAGAUUAGCAAGCAUCUUAAGGAUGCGAGGAAAGAGAAGGCCAAGAUAUAAAGUCUGACUCUAGAUGGGGAUUGGUACUUUGUUCUAGAAUCAUGCCGAUUGUCUGGUGUGAGAUUGGGUGAUUGUCGUUAUACCAGGGCGGUUUUAUAUACAUGACCACAAAUCAAUAGUUUGCAAGGCGGCAGCGAUCAGGAAGGUCUUCUGGAAAUCUACUCAGCAAUAGCAGGGCUGCACGCCCGUGUUGUGUACGCUUGAUUGGGUAUAUUAUAUCCUGACCACUUUCCCACCCAUAUUAUGACAAGAAU